AUGAUUAGCAUAUUCUGGUAUGCUAAUGCAUUGCCAUUUAAAUCUGCAAGCUCAGACUUCUACCCACAAAUGGUAGUUUUUAUAGCUGAGGCAGGGCUAGGUGUUAAAGGUCCAACUGCGAAGGAGCUUGCAGGGCCAUGUUUAGAAGCUGAUGUUCAUGAUGUUGAUAAGCAUAUUACACAGUUCAAGGUCUGCUGGCCAGGUACAGGAGUGACCAUCAUGAUUGACAGUUGGAAGGACAAAUCUCAUAGGUAUCUUGGCAAUUUUUUAAUAGGUUGCCCUAAGGGCAUUGUUUACCACUCUAGCAUUGAUUUAUCAAGAAAGAGACAUACUGGGAGACUGAUAUGCGCACACCUAGACAAAAUUGUAGAUGAGGUUGGGCCUGAAAAUGUGGUUCAAGUAGUAACUGAUAAUGCUUUGAAUUACAAAAAAGCAGGCUUGUUGCUAAUGGAGAGAAGACACAUUCUUUAUUGGACUCCUUGUGCUGCCCAUUGUAUUAAUUUGAUGCUCAAGGAUAUAGAGAAGCUGAAGAGGGUUAAAUAUUGUAUUUUGAAGAGCAAGUUGGUUACAAGGUUUAUAUACAAUCACACGUAUCUUCAUGCUUUGAUGAGGGAGCAUUACAUGCAAGAGAUUGUCAACGAGUCCACUGCCAGAUUCGCUACAACGUUCCUCACGAUACAAUCGAUAUUGGUAAACAAGGCAGGAUUGAGGUCAAUGAUACGCUCUAAUGAAUGGCAGACUGAUAGGGCAGCAAUGAGUUAA